AUGUAAGUUGAAAUUCCCAGUAGAUCAUAAACAAGAUUGAGCUCAAAAAAGUUAAGUUAAAGAUUUAGGAUUGAUAAAUAAGGUCAUCCUAUUUUGAGAGGAUUUAAAUUACAUUCAGUUACAUUUAUUGAUGAUGUAGUUGCAGGAACUCCUGUUCAUCAGAUAUAUUUUGUUGACUGUUGGAAAUAUCAUAAUUAUAAUGAUUUUAGAAAAGAUCAAUCCAAAUGUUGUUAAAUAAGCUGA